AUGAAACGUAUGGACGCCGAAUCAACGAAUGCUGCUUUAUGCGAAACGUUUAAAACCUGGGGUUUGCCGAAAGCCAUCCAGAGUGACAAUGGGCCACCAUUCCGAAGUACCGCUUUUUGUGAGUUUUGGCUAGAAAAAGGAGUUCAAGUGCGUAAAUCAGUGCCAUUAAGUCCUCAAUCAAACGGUAUGGUUGAGCGACACAAUCAAGGUAUUAUUAAGGCGUUGGCAGCAUCUAAAUUAGAUGGAACCAACUGGAGACUUACCUUAGAUCAUUAUGUUCAUAAGCACAAUACAUUAGUUCCACAUGCCAGGUUAAAUUUGACGCCUUUUGAACUGAUGGUAGGGUGGCGAUAUCGCGGGACCUUUCCAUGUUUAUGGAACCAAAAACCCGUCGACAGAACUGAGGUACGGGAGAGAGAUGCUGAAGCCAAACUUGCGAGCAAUAAAUAUGCUGAUACGCGACGUGGAGCGCGGGUUUCGGACGUUAAGGUGGGGGACAAGGUCCUUCUUGCGCGUCAAAAGCGUUCGAAAACUGAUCCAACGUUUUCAUCGGAAGUUUACAAAGUCAUCGCAAGACAAGGUGCGAGAGUGGUUGUAAUGAAUAGGAACGGUGUUCAAUAUGAUCGCAAUAUUCAGGAAAUCAGAAAGGUUCCACUUCACGAUCCCGAAUUAGAAACUAGCACAGAACAUUCAACGGCAGCCACACCAAGGCUGAUCGACGGAAAACCGGUGUUGUACUCCGAAAACAGAGAACCAAGUCACGAGAGAGUUGAUUCCGAAACUGAACCAACCGGCCUUUGCGAACCCGAUAAACACAACCUUCGUUCACGACAAUCGAUUAAAAGACUGGCUAAAUUCAACGAUGCUUAUGUUUACCAUGUUUCCUGGUGA